AUGCUCAGUAGCGGCCGCUCGGCGGAAGCCGCUCUGAGAACCGGCUGUCCUCACGUGGGAAAUGACUCACGCACAGAGGGCGGUGAACACGAGCCCACUGGACUGGCCACGAGCCCCUGCCCCGCAGCGCCCGACUCUUCCAGGCCAGGGAUUCCCCCCCUGUCUCCACGAUCUCCACACCAGACUGUCUCCUGCCCACCGGCCGGCCGAAUCGGCCCGCGAAGACCCCGGGCCCCCACGACGCGCCCCCACGACGCGCCCCGCGCUCGCAGGCCCCGCCUCGCGGCCUCCGUAGUUCCGCUGGCGAGCGCAGCCCCGCCUCGCGGCCUCCGUAGUUCCGGCAGCGGGGCCUGUUCCGCCGGCGGAAGUCGCUCUAGGAUGGCGUUUUUGCGGUUGUCCGUGUCUCCGCGAUCCCAGAAGCCUGCGACCAGAGAGUUGGAGUGGUUGCAGCCAGAGACGCACCAUUCCGUUCCCCUCCAGGAGACCCUGACGCAGGAGCAUAGUUGGUGGACAGCCUCCUGCCAGGGCCCUUCCUUCGACCGACCGACCGAGGCAUCUGUGCUGCAGCUGCCCUGUCCCCCGGCGGCACCCAGCCACAGACUGACGAAGGCAGGCGGGCGAAGCCAGCUCAUGUGUGCCCACCUCUGGACUUUUUCCACGAGGAAGCCCAGCCUGACCAGGACAUUCCCAGGCUGCCCUGCAGGCUGGCUUUUUUCUAAUCAACCCUCCCUCCUUCCUCUUCUCUGUCCAGAGGGGCCUGCCCCCUCCCUUUACCCCUCAUCUGUGUUUCCCCCAAUAAACUCCUGCAGCUGAUUUUGUCUUGGCAUCUGCCUCUUUGACACAGAGGAUUUUGGGAAGAAGUGAAAUUAGAUGUUUAGCCCCCUGUCUUAAGAAAGAAGUCACCAUAGGGGCACCUGGGUGGCUCAGUCGUUAAGCGUCUGCCUUCGGCUCAGGUCAUGAUCGCAGGGUCCUGGGAUCGAGCCCCGCAUUGGGCUCCC